AUGGACAAGCGGUCAAAGGAAUACAAAACGUGGCUAGAGUCAAAAGACUAUAAGAUAUGGAAAGAACAACAUGAUAGUGGUGAAGCCAGUUGUUCCUGGGUCUUCAAGUUAGACUGCAUUGGCCAUGUUCAGAAGAGGAUGGGGACUCAUCUGAGGGAACUCAGAAAAAAGAUAACAAACUAAAGGAUGGUAAGUCAGUGAAGGGCAGUAAACAUAGACUUACUGACAAAGCCAUGGAUAAAUUGCAAACCUAUUAUGGUAAUGCUAUCAGAGCAAAUGUAAAGCCUGGUAAACUUUCAGCAGAGGAACAGAAGAGCCAAAUUACUGUGAUGCAGAAGGCUAUCAUGGCAGUACUGUACCAUACAUGUGAACUAAGUGAUGAAACAGAAAGGCAUAAAUAUUGCCCGGAGGGAGCAGAUAUCUGGUGUUCAUACAAACGACAAGGAACUUUGAAAAGAAAAGAUCACCAUUUGGAUGCCGUUUUCUUAGAUUUCUUGUUGCCAGAAUUUACACGACUAAGUGACUAUUCCUUAUUGCUUCGGUGUCUACCUGGAUAUUCGCAAAAUGCGAAUGAAAGCCUCAACGGCCUUGUCUGGAACAGAGCUCCAAAGCAUCGCUACAAAGGCCCUAAAGCUGUGGAGAUGGCUGUCAUGUCAGCAAUAACACAUUUUAAUUCUGGUGCAAGCUCAAGGCAUGAUCUGAUGAGAGCUGCUAGUAUUCCUCCAGGAGAAUUCACGAGCGAAGGGAGUGCGAAAAAAGAAUAUCUCGAUCCAUACAAAAAGCAUCAAUGCGGGAAAAAGGAAGAAGGAAGAUAA